AUGUCUGACACAAGUGAUGCAAUAUCCGCUGAAGGAAAACCUGAAGUAAUGGCAAUGCUUAGCAGUGAUGUGUUGGCUAAUGAUGCAGCAGAACACAGUGAAACAGCUGGGAUCUUGCAUGGGUCUUUCCAAGAUGAACAGAGCCAAGUUUCUCAUAAUACUAGUAAUGGACAAGAAGGGGACAUGGUUAUCAGUGAAAAUCCUUUGACUGCAGAAGUAAUUGCAAAUCAGCCUUCCAGUGGAGAGGUGACUGAAAACAUACCUACUGACUGCAGUGAGUCUGUGAGCCUUGAUCCUGAACCUGGAUCAGAAGUGACACCGAAUGAACAAAGCAGUCCAGAUUUGGACUCCUCUCCUAAAGGAAGUGGAUGGGGAGCUUGGGGAUCGUGGGGCAAAUCUCUGCUGUCAACAGCCUCUGCCACAGUUGGUCAUGGAUUAACUGCAGUAAAGGAAAAAGCAGGAGCCACUCUAAGAAUUCAUAAUGCGAGUUCAACUUCUUCAGAAGGCGCACAACCUGCCACAACUGAGAGCAAAAUACCAGGGAUCAAUUCCAACGAUGCCCCAGACCAGAGCUCCAUUGGGGUUUCACCCUCUUCGCCUUCAUCUGGAUCUCGUGGGAUGCUGUCAACAAUCACUAAUGCUGUACAGAACACAGGGAAAAGUGUUUUGACAGGUGGUCUAGAUGCUUUGGAAUUUAUCGGCAAGAAAACCAUGAAUGUCCUGGCAGAAAGUGAUCCUGGAUUUAAGAGAACCAAAAUACUGAUGGAAAGAACAGUUUCCUUAUCUCAGCUGUUGCGAGAAGCGAAAGAGAAAGAGAAGCAGAGAUUGGCCCAGCAAGUUACAGUUGAAAGGACAGCGCAUUAUGGGCUGCUUUUUGAUGAGUUCCAGGGUUUGUCCCAUCUUGAAGCUCUGGAAAUUCUGUCAAAUGAAAGUGAAGCCAAGAUUCAGUCAUUUUUAACAUCACUUAAUGGAGAGCAGUUGGAAACUGUGAAAAAUGACUUAAUUGCUAUUAAAGAGAUCUUCAUUCCAAAGGAAUCAAAUAAUGAAGAGGAUCAAGAAAAAAAAGCAGACAUGGAAGAAGAGUUUGUUAGCAUGCUUACUGAGCUGCUGUUUGAAUUGCACGUUGCUGCCACUCCUGACAAACUUAAUAAGGCUAGGAAAAAAGCUCAUGACUGGCUAGAAGAAACCAACUUCUCCACAUCACUAGACUUGGAAGAGAAGCCAGAGGAAAACAAAGAGGAUGAACAAAAGACUGAACAAGGAGGAGGAGAUGGUGGUGAUAAAACAGAAGAAAAGAAAAACAAAACCGUGGAGGAAGUCUACAUGCUAUCUAUUGAAAGCCUUGCUGAGAUAACAGCUCGUUGUAUCGAACAGCUUCAUAAAGUAGCAGAGUUAAUUCUUCAUGGGCAAGAAGUGGAAAAGACCGCCCAGGACCAAGCAAAAGUUAUGACAAAUUUAACAAGUGCCAUGUGCAAUGAAGUGUUGUCUUUAUCUAAGAAGUUUUCUGACUCUUUAACUGCCAUUGGGAGCAACAAGAAGGCAGAGCUCCUUAACCCAAUGGUCAGUAGUGUGCUAUUAGAGGGCGGCAACAGCACUACCUAUAUUCAGGAUGCUUUCCAGCUAUUGCUUCCGGUUCUUCAGAUUUCACAUAUCCAGACCAAUUGUUUGAAAGCACAAGAGUGA